AUGUAUUUUAAGUGCACUCAUUGUCCUUAUACAACCAAACAUCAAAGUAAUUUAUAUGUUCACAUCAGAAUCCAUACAGGUGAAAGACCAUAUAUCUGUGGUGCUUGUGGAGUCCAAUACAGUCAGAGUCAUAGUUUAAAGAGUCACAUU